CGCUGGAAAAACUUCACACGCUGCCAGAUUAUGUGCUCGAGCGGGGUAGCAACGGGGCGGGGUAUGAGGACGAUUCGGACCAAGAACCGAAGGGUGACGAAAGCAACGAAAACUCAAACGAGAGUAGUUUGCAAACGGCAAUACUGAAAUCCGACACAUCGAACGGACCAACAACGACAACCGCAGGAAGCAUAGUGAACAGAAUGGAACCGGCUGUAACUGCUACUACUACUACUACUACUACUAGCACCGGAAGCGCAAAAACACAAAUACCACCACCGACAUCGGGUGCACCAACGUCGUGCCUGCAGCAGCAGCAGCAAGGCACCACGAACAGCAUCAGCAAUGGUACGUCCAAAGGACACCGGACGUCCCGGACAAGCAAACAAUCGAUACUGAUCAACGGACGAACCAAGACGAACGCUACAGCGCGGCAUCAGAAUCACUUCCACCAUCAACACAGUCAUCCAUCGAGUCACCUUCAUCAUCAUCAUCCGCAUCAGCCCUGUUCUACAGCUCAACAGCAGCAGCAGCAGCAACAGCAAAGCCAACAACCGCUGCUCAAGCACUAUCACAUUCCGCUGCAGGAUACGUAUCACUCGCAGCAGCCGUUGCAACCGCUCCAUCUGUCCACGCUAAGGCUCGGUCAAGGGUCCUGCUAUGCUCCACCGCCACCCCCGCCACUGCCCACAUCCAAGCUGGCACCGCCCCAAACACUGUCGCUGGCAUUGCCACCGUGCAAUGGAUCCUACCUGGGGCAGCUGUCCGCUUCCUCCUCGAACUCGUCCUCGCAUCAGCACCAUCAUCACCAUCACUACCAUCACCAUCUGCAACCAUCGGGCCGUAUUGCUACGAUUUCAUCUCCAAUGUCACCGCCCGGUUCCUGCUGUGGUGGUGGUACCGUAACCCGACCGAACGAACUGAAUUGUUGUCCGAUUGCGGUAGAUCCAUCACAGCAGCUACGCGCGGCACCACAGUCCGACGUUCCUACACCGACACUGGUCAAGGUGAAGGCUUGGUAUACGGUCACUAAGCAGGGCCUAACCUAUUGAGGCGAAUCGGCAUACGGCACAGCGCUUCCGAUUGGUCGUUAUCGAGCAGUAGUGGUCGUUUUUUUUUGUAAAACUCUUACCCUAUGAUCAUACGUACUAGGUUAGAUUCAUUACGAUCUUAGCAAAGUGUAAAAAACAAAGUGAUGCGAGGAAAAAAAAUUGUAACGAACUUCCCAUACGAUCGUUUCGUACGAAUGGGAUACUAUUUCGAAGACUUUUCAACACAAAGAAUUAUUCUCCUAUCCUUUCCUAGCAAGCGCGAGGUCGAGUAAUGAAAAACCAAACUUCCUUUUUAUAGAACAUUUAUCGAAUUAAUUCAUAACACUUUCUUCCAUUUUCCAAUCGGUUAGUUCCUCAGACAAGGUGAGUAAAAAUUAGAUGGAAAGGAAAGAGUAACAAAUAUUCUAAACUGAACGGUGACAUGUCAUAGCGGAUGAAGAGCAAAUGCGAAGGUGUUAAAGUUCCCACAAGUCCACUUAUGUGCCUUCCUAAUUUUGACUCCUAAGUGUAGAUUUAACUCGAUCGGUUCCGAUAAAGUCUACGAUAAACGAUACACACACAAACCCAUCGUUAUAAUCCUGACACAUGUAUGCCGGUGGGAAACGAUCUACUGAUCUUGCUUGAGAAGGACGCCUGGAACUCCGGGUUCACUUUUUUGCAGAGUGUGACUUUUCCAGCAGAAGAACGUUCUGUUCGCUAAUCCAAAGUUCGAUCUAGCACUUUGAUUGUAUCAUAUCUCCCGAAACACACAAUCCCACAACAGAUUUUUAGUAUCCUAUUACGAAGACAAAAACUAAAUUGCUGAAAUCUGCGAAAUUGUUGUUAGUAGAUACAAAUAAUUUUACACCAAAAAUCACACACACAACAUUUGUCACAGGGAGUAAAACGUGCAGAAGCAACCCCCAAAAAACAGGAGAAAAGAAAGAUUUCAUACAUACUAAACAAACACUUAUAACGCAUCAUCUCGAGGGACUCAAACCAAUCAAAUAAACAAAACUAACCAUACCGCUUACUAGUUAAUCGAAACACUGUUAUGAAAACAAGCAAACUUAUCAGUAAACAUGAUGGAAUAUAAAUACACUACCGCGAAAUGCAAACGAGAGAAAAGAAAAACCACAAUAAACACCAUCGUUAAUAGUGUGUUGUUGGAAAGCAACCUGUUAGUAAAUGUUGAUGUGUCGUAAAAACAGAUUUUGCCUAACGGUUAUUGUUUCGAACGACAAAUCGUUAAAAUUAUACGGUAUCAUUUGUGCAAUGCAACUUUUUGUUACAUUUCCCCCUUACGGUAAUGGAGCAAUGUGACAAAGUACCAUAAUAAUGUAUCACAAGCAAUUGAGCAAGAAUGAAUGGGAAUUUAUUUAUUUUAUCCCUCCUGUUUCAUUAUCAAUGUUGCAAAAGGCAACACUGGCUAAUUGCUAAACAUCCUUGAAUCAGUUAUACAAGAAAGCAACACAAAUUUGGAAACAAAAAAGGCAUAAAGAGCGCAGUCGACGUUAACGAUUAUAAUUAUUCCCUUAAAUCCGUGUUUAUUGUUACCGUAAGCGUCUCUCGUAACAUUUCAAGCAAAAUCAGCAACAUGCAAACACAAGUAUAAAACAAAAACCAACCCAAAAAAAAAACAUAGUUAAAAUGAUACGUUAAUGAAGCAAAAAACACAAAAAUCGCAUCCCUCUAAUAAUGUUGAUACAGUAUAGGAGAGUCGUAUUUUUCUGACAAAGUGUCACAUAGAGCUAUAACUAGUCAUUGUGUAAGCCGAACGUGCGUACCCGCGAGUUCUAAGUGUUAAUAUCUAUUCGAAUCGUGUUACUGGUUAGCGAGAGAGAGAAAAGAAGAGAGACAAACGAAUAUAACUCCUAUCGAACAAGAUGAACCAUUUAUAACGCAAAUAUAUGUAUAACUCUAUAUUCUACAUGAAAAGCAAAACAAAACUCUGAAGAAAAAACGAAGCAUAGCGGUUUGAAUGGGUGGGUUCAAAACCCCUUAGCAAAACAAGCAACGAUAUCAUAGUGUCUAAUUGUUGAUCUAGAUGUAUAAUUUGUAAGCGUGUAGUGACAGCGAGUGUAGUAGUCGAAGACAGUUUCUUAAAUGGAUAUAGCUCGAAACUAUAACAAAACCGUUACAGUUGAAUACAUAAUCAAAACGAUACAACCAUGCCAGUUCUAUCUCACAGCGUGCAAUGUUUUUGUGUGAGAAACAUGAAUUAGGAUAAAAUCGAUUAUUUAGUACCUAAUGUCUAGCAACGCUGUUCGUAAAAUCCGUUUCAAGCUUAAUUAUUUGUACCAUCGAUUUAUAUAUUUUUAUAUGCUUUUAAGUUCUUAAUCUUAAGUUUAAGUUUGUUGCGGUUGAGAAUAAGACAUGGACAGAUGACCAAUCUAAUGCAAAUCUUUUGCCAGAUUCAUGGAUUAAGUUGUAAUAGUUACUGCAGCAAGAUGUUAGCGAUCUGCCCAAAAACAAAAUGGUUGAGUUGUGACAACGUUUCGUUUUGUUGUUUUGUUUAGUGCGUUACACCGUUACAGAUGACUAAGCAUAUGUAGAUUGACUUAGAAGUUAUUCGAUGUACUGUGCGGAAUUUCCCAAGAAACCGUGAUAGCAAACAGGAAUUAAAACAGCAGCAGGUAAUUGAUACUGUUAGUAGAACAAAGAACGAUACAAAAUUUGUUCCUAGUACUUGCGGGCGUUAGCUAAUAGAUGAUUGUACGCGAAUUAAAGCAGCAAAUUAUCUGUAUGAACGAACUGCAGUUCGGAAGCGAGAAAAGAAAAUCUUACUAAAGUUCGUACCGUUCUUAAUAAAUCCUGAUGUGUAUAUUUGUUAGAA